AUGGUCGUGUGCCCCAUCUGCAACAAGCAGGUCAAGUCGUCCGACAUCAACCCGCACAUCGACUCCGGCUGCGCGUCACUCGUCCUCGACGAUGCCGCCGCUCCUUCAGCCAGCGGCCCCGCCAACGGCGACGGGACAUCAAACGGUCGAACCUCCUCUCCCCCCUCCAGCAGCGCCCAGAACGCCCCGCCCGCGACGCAGAAGCGAUCUGCUGCAGCCUCCUUCUUCCAGACGCCCGCCGCAAAGCGACAGGCAAAUGCCAGCACCAAGCCUGUCGCCAAUGGCACGACGCCCAAGCCUAACGGGCUGAAGAGGAGUUUUGAGGAUGGACCUGGUCGGAUAUCGCCUUCACAACCCCCUGAGCAGCAGCACAGCAAUGAGGCACACCCGCAAGAACCACCACAGACACCAGCUCCCGGCCCUUUGGUAAAGAGGAGCAAGACGCACAAGUCGGCACCACUCGCUGAGCGCAUGCGCCCACAGACCUUGGACGAAGUGUUUGGACAGGAUCUCGUCGGGCCGCACGGCGUGCUGAGGUCGUUGAUUGAGUCGGAUCGGGUGCCCUCGAUGAUACUGUGGGGAGGGUCGGGGACAGGAAAGACGACGAUCGCUCGGUGCAUCGCCCGCCGCGCAGGCAGCCGUUUUAUCGAGAUGAACGCGACGAGCACAGGCGUUGCCGAGUGCAAGAAGCUGUUUCAAGAGGCGGCCAACGAACUGUCGCUGACGGGGCGCAAGACGAUCAUUUUCUGCGACGAGAUACACAGGUUCAACAAGUCACAGCAAGACGUCUUCCUGGGGCCUGUCGAGUCUGGCACCAUAACGCUCAUCGGCGCGACGACAGAGAACCCCUCGUUCAAAGUGCAAGCAGCGCUGCUCUCGCGGUGUCGGACAUUUACACUGGCUAAGCUCACGACCGAGGACGUCAGGGGCAUAUUACACCGCGCCCUGGAAGCCGAGCACAGCCACCCAGACUCGCCCGAGCUAUCACCGCUCAUCGACGACGAACUCCUGAAAUACCUCUCCGCCUUUGCCGACGGCGACGCCCGCACGGCCCUCAACCUCCUCGAGCUCGCCCUCAGCAUAUCCCACAAGCCGCGCGAGGACGGCAGCGCCCUGACGAAAGAAGACAUCAAGGCCGCACUGACCAAGACGCUCGUCUACGACCGCGCCGGCGACCAGCACUACGACACCAUCUCGGCCUUCCACAAGUCGGUCCGCGGCUCGGACGCGGACGCCGCGCUCUACUACCUGGCGCGCAUGCUGCAGAGCGGCGAGGACCCGCUCUUCGUCGCGCGGCGCAUGGUCGUCAUCGCGUCCGAGGACGUGGGCCUGGCCGACAACACGCUGCUGCCGCUGGCGACGGCGACGUACACGGCCGCGGCGCAGAUCGGCAUGCCCGAGGCGCGCAUCCCGCUCGCGCACUGCGCCGUCGCGCUGGCCUUGGCGCCCAAGAGCACGCGGGCGUACCGGGGCCUGAACAACGCCAUCGCGGCGCUGAGGGAGCCCGGCGUCGCGGGCCUGCCCGUGCCGAUCCACCUCCGGAACGCGCCGACGCGGCUCAUGAAGGAGAUGGGGUACGGCAAGGAGUACAAGUACAACCCCAACUACAGGGACGGCAAGGUCCGGCAGGAUUACCUCCCGGACGAGCUCUUGGGCAGGCGGUUCCUCGAGGAUAGGGACCUGGGGACCGAGGUCGAUCCGGACUUGUUGGCGGACGGCGAGGCGUGA